GAGAGACCCCACCCUCAAGAAAAUGAAUCCAACGAUUGCUGUGUACUCGCUUUUUUCCCUCUUGGGAUAUUUCAAUAUCAUCAUUGCAGCAUCAAUUCCUGCUGAUGUAGAAUCAACCCCUUCAUAUGACAGAGUUAUAGGAGGAUCACAUGUUCUUCUUAAAGAUCACCCCUAUCAGGUUUCAGUGCAUUAUUCCUCGUCCCCUAUCUGUGCAGGUUCAAUUAUAUCCAAAUCAUUUAUUCUUACAGCUGCAUAUUGUGUUUUGCAGAAAUCGGCUUCACGAUACUCCAUUCGUGCAGGAUCGAUAUUUCAAGACUCCGACGGCGUUGUAAAAUCAGCUAAACGCAUCUACGUUUCUCCAAAGUAUAAUCCGAAAACCUCUGACUCGGAUAUUGCACUCAUUUCUUUAAAAUCUGCUUUGAAUUUUGGAGAAAACAUUAAUGCUGUUUCAUUACCAUCACCAAAAAGGAAAAUUCCCGCUGGCACAGCAGUAAAUACAACUGGGUGGGGAGAAGGCAUCUACAAUUACCGACUUCGGGGUUUUAUUGUGCCAGUUGUUAGCAAGUCUCAAUGCCAGAAAAGCUAUAAGCUAACUUCAACCAUGCUUUGCGCAGGCUCUUCUGUAGAACAUCGUAGCACUUGCCAGGGUCAAUCGGGUGGACCGUUGGUAUCAAACCGUUACGGCCAAGUUGGUGUUGUUUCCUUUGGAAGUGGAUGCUCCUACCGUGUUUAUUCUAGCGUUCCUGCUCUUCGUAAAUGGAUCAAAUCAGUAAGUGGAGUAUAAAUAUUUGUUACAAAUUGGUGUAAUAGCAAAUAAAAUAUAUAGCAAGCAA